GAGUAGUCAUCUCUGUAAAAGUUGUGUGCCUUGUCAUUCGUUUAUAUCAUCAAUUUCGACAUUGCCAUCCGAACAUCGCUAUUCAUAGCCAUAUUCCCGAAGGCUUUAUACUCUUCGUUGCCGCACUUGAGAUCAAUCAUACUACGUAUGCCAUCAUUUUCGCCACGGCUUCACUCAUUCAGUAAUAGACAUCAUGUCGACCUCGAAAGCAUUGCCGUUGAGUUUGGGCUUUUUGGCAUUGACAAGUGAGACUGUCAUGCUCAUUUUUAACAUCAUCUUCUCGGCCACCAUCUCGAAACAUAGUACGUCAAGCAAAGCAAGUGUAUCAACUUACGUCGCGACCGUUCUUGGAGUUGUCACAGAAGCAUUACUUGUGCUACUGGUAAUUAGGCAAAUCAAGUAUCAAAACCACAUCCAAGACCGUGGAAAUGGACGAAUAAGAAUAUAUCUUUUUGCUGGACUCACCUCCAUAUUUACUGGAUUAUCGGCAAUAGCCACAGCACUAUCGUUGUCCUUAAUGAGGCAAAAUUUGUCUCUACUUCCCAAGAUAAUUAUUUCCUCCCCGGCGCAAUCGAUGACGAUGGGUGGAUUUGUUAUCUGGGCAAUAUCGUUGGCUUCGCAGGCCGUAUUUCUUAUUUGCUUAGUUGUAAUUCAGAGGAAAGACUUUCAUCAACAAAUUCAGCCAUAUAUCACCGAAUCGGAAGCACACAUCUCUUCGGAAAUGCAGCAGAGAUCACAACCCCAGAGCCUAAACGAAGGAUCUGAGUAUGGCAGGAAUGGCUCAAUAGAAUCGAAGAUUCAAUGGUCAAACAGUGGACGAUCUCGAUCAGGAUCAGAUCCAAAACGUUCGAUGGGCUCGUUCCGAUCAUCGAUUUCUCAUGUUGUACGCCCGAUCACUUCAAAGACUCGACUUAUCCAUUCCAACAGCCAACGCAGUAAUCAAUUCCGACCACCUUCUAUCGACUCCACUUAUCGCGAAACGACUGAAAGGGCCGAGGAUGACUUUGACUCAUGGAACACAUCUGGUGUAGAUGCGCAAUCUAGACAAGUGAUUGAAUCAGCUUCACCCAGUCCUCCAAGGUUUCUUGAAACAAUUCCCGCUAGUCCGACUGGCAGUAGAAGUCCAAGUCCAGGGUUUCCAUUAGAUCUUGAACCACCCAGGCCAACACGAAGCCGAAGUUAUAGUCCAGCUGCGAGUAUCAGGAGUGAGAGAUCGCUUUAUCGAGCGAGGCAAGGGGCGAUGAGUCCUGAAGGUACAAGGGAAGAAAACAUCCAUCCAUUAUUUAGAUCCGACUCUCCUAGUCCAGCACCUGCUGCAACAGCCGAAACCAUCAUAACCGCCGCCCCGGGAGCUGGGUCAAUUACCUUGUCGGAUGUUCACAGUAUUCGUUCAAUAAACCGAUUAAGAAGCGAGAGUCUACCUCCACUCAUGCAUAACCCUAGCUUGGAUAGCAUCCGACGAGCGAUAGAACAGGAGGAUAUGGGAAUAUCUGAAGAAGUCGAAGGAGAGCGUAGCCUGACACCACCCAUACCGGAAUGGAUAUUGGGAGCUGGACCACGGACCAGUAUGUCCGAAUACAAUCGCAAAAAGGCAAUGUCGUUGAGUAAAGUAGGGAAACCGGACACGACAGAGUAUUGAACAUUGUAAUAUCGGAACAGAACAGGGUGUUCCAAAUAAUGUUUCAUGUGGGAGGAAAAAUGAAAAAAAAAAGAGGAAAAAGUCCAUGGAGGAAACGGACAACAGGCUAUAAGCUGAACGAAUUUCUUUGCUCAAUCAAGGCGGAGAUGGAAUGGCAUGUCAUGACGAAACCGAUACCAUUUGAUGUAUUAGCGCGGCGUUGAAUUUUUGAAGUUAGAUAGGUAUACCUUAAAUUUUAACGAAAUGGAUGAAUGAUUUGGAAAGACACAAAAGAUGAUUAUGUUCUGUUGUAGUGAAUGAGUGUGUAGAUGGAUGUGACACUGAACAAACUUUUCCUUUGGGUAGUGGACAAGAGAAGAAAGAUGUGGCAGUACAUGCCGUGAUAGAUACCUAGAUAGUAUAGCGAUGGCAAUGAUGGACAUAACAUAUAGGUAACCUUCUCAAUUGACGGCUCAAUGAUCAAUAUAUGCAUCGAGGAUGUAGACACA